UGAAGUAGUCAUCGGCCUGGCCCAGCCAAUGCGGAGCGAGCAGGGAGGCGGGCCUUGGCUGCUGUCAGGGUUGGGUGCGCCACUGAACGGAUGGCAGGGGGAGCCGAGUGGAUUGCUGAAGAGCAUCCGCAGGCUAUUUGAAUAUCGUCAGUUACUACCCGUUGAUGUCAAGAUGACUAAGCUUGGAUUUUUGCGGUUGUCCUAUGAGAAGCAGGACACACUUCUGAAGCUUCUCAUCCUGUCAAUGGCUGCUGUGUUGUCAUUUUCUACUCGUCUCUUUGCUGUCCUGAGAUUUGAAAGCGUUAUCCAUGAGUUUGAUCCGUACUUUAACUAUCGGACUACCCGGUUUCUGGCUGAGGAAGGGUUUUAUAAAUUUCAUAACUGGUUUGAUGACCGAGCCUGGUACCCCUUGGGUCGAAUCAUUGGAGGAACAAUUUAUCCAGGCUUAAUGAUCACCUCUGCUGCAAUCUACCAUGUACUCCAUUUUUUCCAUAUCACCAUUGACAUCCGGAACGUCUGUGUUUUCUUGGCCCCUCUCUUCUCCUCCUUUACCACCAUCGUUACAUACCACCUUACCAAAGAGCUCAAGGAUGCAGGAGCUGGGCUUCUUGCUGCUGCCAUGAUUGCUGUAGUUCCUGGGUAUAUUUCUCGAUCUGUGGCUGGCUCCUAUGAUAAUGAAGGAAUUGCUAUCUUUUGCAUGCUGCUUACUUACUACAUGUGGAUCAAGGCAGUGAAGACUGGUUCCAUCUACUGGGCUGCCAAGUGUGCCCUUGCUUAUUUCUACAUGGUCUCUUCAUGGGGAGGUUAUGUGUUCCUGAUCAACUUAAUCCCUCUUCAUGUCCUGGUGCUAAUGUUAACAGGCCGUUUUUCUCACCGAAUCUAUGUAGCCUACUGUACUGUUUACUGCCUGGGCACCAUUCUUUCUAUGCAGAUCUCCUUUGUGGGCUUCCAGCCUGUCCUUUCAUCAGAACACAUGGCAGCCUUUGGAGUGUUUGGUCUCUGUCAGAUCCAUGCCUUCGUAGAUUACCUGCGCAGCAAACUGAAUCCACAGCAAUUUGAAGUUCUUUUCCGAAGUGUCAUCUCUCUGGUUGGCUUUGUCCUCCUCACCGUGGGAGCACUCCUCAUGCUGACAGGAAAAAUUUCUCCCUGGACAGGGCGUUUCUACUCACUGCUGGAUCCUUCUUAUGCUAAAAACAACAUCCCCAUCAUCGCAUCUGUGUCUGAGCACCAGCCCACAACCUGGUCCUCCUACUAUUUUGAUCUGCAGCUCCUUGUCUUCAUGUUUCCAGUUGGCCUCUAUUACUGCUUUAGUAACCUGUCUGAUGCCCGGAUUUUCAUCAUCAUGUAUGGUGUGACCAGCAUGUACUUCUCAGCUGUAAUGGUGCGUCUAAUGCUGGUGUUGGCACCUGUUAUGUGCAUUCUUUCUGGCAUUGGUGUCUCCCAGGUACUGUCCACAUAUAUGAAGAAUUUGGAUAUAAGUCGCCCAGACAAGAAGAGCAAGAAGCAACAGGAUUCUACUUAUCCUAUUAAGAAUGAGGUGGCAAGUGGAAUGAUACUGGUCAUGGCCUUUUUUCUUAUCACCUACACUUUCCACUCAACCUGGGUAACCAGUGAAGCCUACUCUUCUCCCUCCAUUGUACUGUCUGCUCGUGGUGGGGAUGGCAGUAGGAUCAUUUUUGAUGACUUCCGAGAAGCAUAUUAUUGGCUACGUCACAAUACUCCAGAGGAUGCAAAAGUCAUGUCAUGGUGGGAUUAUGGCUACCAAAUUACCGCAAUGGCAAAUCGGACAAUUUUAGUGGAUAAUAACACAUGGAAUAAUACUCAUAUUUCUCGAGUAGGGCAGGCAAUGGCAUCCACAGAAGAAAAAGCGUAUGAAAUCAUGAGGGAGCUUGAUGUCAGCUAUGUGCUCGUCAUAUUUGGAGGCCUCACUGGGUAUUCCUCUGAUGAUAUCAACAAGUUUCUUUGGAUGGUCCGGAUUGGAGGAAGCACAGACACAGGAAGACAUAUCAAGGAGAAUGACUACUAUACUCCAACAGGGGAAUUCCGUGUGGAUCGUGAGGGCUCUCCAGUGCUGCUCAACUGCCUUAUGUACAAAAUGUGUUACUACCGCUUUGGACAAGUCUACACAGAAGCCAAGCGUCCACCAGGUUUUGACCGUGUUCGAAAUGCUGAGAUUGGUAAUAAAGACUUUGAGCUUGAUGUCCUGGAGGAAGCAUAUACCACAGAACAUUGGCUGGUCAGGAUAUACAAGGUAAAGGACCUGGAUAAUCGAGGUUUGUCAAGGACAUAAAUGCCACAUUGUACCCUGGUACGCUUCGCACUGAGCGCGUCGUAUUGAGGACGCCGAAGAUUUUUUUUUUUAUAAGCAGUUUCUAAGAACAGAACCAGAUGGGAUUAGAAUUGUCUGGAAGUUUUGCCCUGGACAGUAUGGGUUGGGCCAAAUCAAAUGAUUUUUAUAAUUCUGAACAGGUUACCAAAUGAAAUGUCAUGGCUUUACUUUGGUCAAUUAAAAGGGGGUAUUUUUUUUUUU